UUUCUAAAGCUUAAAAGUAUAGUGUUGACGUCGUGCUGGUAAGCCAUACAUGAAAAUAAUCAUCAAGUGAAGUUGUAAAAUUAAACCGUACGUGAAAUUAUCCAGCCAUCAUCAAGUAACGUUCUCGGGUUCAAAAGUCCGAUUAAUGAUCCACUUUUUUCAGAGUAUGGAUUGAUACGACGCUGACGCCAUGCAUCCCUGGCGCAGUGCCCAGGACGUCCUGUUGUGUAACCUCUGUGACAAUACUUCGCUGCAGAGUCAUUGUGACCUUUGCCAUGUGGAUCUAUGUCCGGACUGUGUAGAAAAACAUAUUUCAGAUGAGUCAAGAAGACACAACGUUGUGCCAUUUCCACACAGAAAGUAUACUCCACACUAUUCAAACUGUCUGAUACAUGUCGAUGAACAAUGCAAACAUCACUGUGAAAAAUGUGACAUUCCUGUCUGUUCUACUUGCGUCUCCUCCGGUAUACAUGAAAGUCAUGAUAUAUCAGACAUUUUGAACAAAAUCAGCUCUAAAACAGAACGUUUACAUUCUAAAGCCCAAGUUGCGUCACCCAGUUUUCCUCCGCAAAAACCAAAUAAAGUUCACAACAAUGAAAUGUUUGGCUCUUUAUCACCUUUACCCCUCACCACAAAAUAUCAUAACCGCAGGAUGGAUACACCAAAAGCAUCAUCUACUUCAGUUAGACCACUGUCUGAAGAACCGCGACUCAUCACCACCAUAUACACUGGGUAUACUCCACGUAGUGUUGCAUGUCUCAGUGAAGAAAAAAUCUGGACAUGUGGUUUUGACAAAGUUAUGAAGCUCCUUAACCUCCAUGGAAAAUUACUGGCAUCGAUACAAACCGAGUCAGGGUACAUACCAGGGGAUAUAGCAGUGACACGAGACGGAGAUCUUGUUUAUACUGACAAUGAAAAUAAAUCUGUAAACCUAGUGAAGAAUAAACGGAUACAAACCGUAAUUACACUACAGGGGUGGACGCCUCGUUAUGUUUGUAGUACCUCCUCUGGAGAUUUCCUGGUCAUCAUCGUCAGUAAUGAUGCCACACAAUCCCAAGUUGUCCGUUAUUCUGGAUCCACAGAGAAACAAACCAUUCAAUUUGAUGAUCAGGGUCAUCCUCUCUAUUCACCUGAUCGUUACUUUACGAAGUACAUCUGUGAGAACAGGAACAUGGAUAUCUGUGUGGCUGACUGGAUAGCUAAGGCAGUAGUAGUGGUCAAUCAGUCUGGAAAAUUUCGAUUUAGAUACACUGGUCAUCCUUCUAAUAUCGAGCAAUCAUUUAACCCAGCCGGCAUCACUACAGACAGCCAGAGUCACAUCUUGACAGCAGAUGUUAACCGCAUCCACAUCCUAGAUCAGGAUGGACAAUUUCUUCUUCACAUUGAUAAAUGUGGUUUGCGCGCUCCAUUGGGUUUAUGUGUGGACGUCAGAGACAAUCUUUUUGUUGCUGAGUAUGGCAGUGUGGAAGUGAAGAAAUUGCAAUAUCUAUAAACACAGCGUUAAUAACAGACCCAGACACCGUGCUCAUUUUCAUUAUUUACACUGUAUAUAACGCUGUGUACAAUGCAGAUUACAAAUAAAACAUUAUUGAGUGA